AUAUGUUUCUUAUAUAUGGUCUUUCCCAUAAAAAUUUCUUAUACACUGAAAUUAUAUUUGCACAAUGGGAAAUUGUUUGACAAUUUCUUGUUUUACUGGCUCUAGCUAUGAUCAGGAAAUUCAAGAUUUGCCCAUAAGCAGUAUUUUCGAGUUGCCAAAUCCAGCUCCUACUUGGCCAACAGGGAAUGGCUUUGGGAGUGGGAUCAUUGAUUUAGAAGGACUACAAGUGUGUCAAAUAAGUUCCUUUAAAAGAAUCUGGGCAACAUAUGAAGGGGGAGUUGAUAAUCUUGGUGCAACAUUUUUCGAGCCUAGUUCAGUGCCAGAUGGAUAUGUCAUGCUUGGUUGUUAUAGCCAACCCAACAACCGUCCACUGUCCGGCUGGGUACUUGUUGGAAAAAAUGAUAACUCCAGCAAUCCUCAGGAGGACGGAGCUUUAGUCGAGCCUAUUGAUUAUACUCUAUUCUGGAGUAGUGAGUCCAUGCAGAUAAAGCAAGCUGGUUAUGGCUAUAUUUGGUUACCAGUACCUCCUGAUGGAUACAAAGCUGUUGGCCACAUUGUUACAACAUCAGGAGAGAAGCCUUCUCUGGAUAAAAUCCGAUGUGUUCGUGCUGAUCUCACGGAUGAAUCCGAGGUUGGUGACUGGAUUUGGGGACAAGGUGCAGAUGUCAGUGAUGAUGGAUUCAAUGUCUAUGGAAUAAGACCAAGAAUCAGAGGUACAAAAGCACAAGGUGUUUGUUUAGGUACAUUUAUACUUCAAGAGAACACCAGUAGUUCUAGCUCUACUUUGUCCUUGGCUUGCUUGAAAAACAAAAACUUUACCACCUUAUCUUAUGCUCCUAACAUAGAAAAUGUCAAGACAUUGCUAGAGAUUUACUCUCCGAAACUUUACCUUCACCCUGAUGAAACUUACCUCCCAUGUUCUGUAAACUGGUAUUUUGACAAUGGGGCGUUAUUGUAUAAAGAAGGGGAUGAGUCGAGUCCAGUUCGGGUUGAACCUAAUGGUUCAAACCUGCCACAAGGCGGUUCAAAUGAUGACAAGUAUUGGCUAGACCUUCCUGUUGAUCCUGCAGCCAAAGAGAGGGUGAAGAAAGGAGAUUUGCAGAGUUCAGAGGCCUACAUUCACAUCAAGCCAAUGCUGGGAGCGACAUUCACUGAUUUAGCCAUAUGGAUUUUUUAUGCGUUUAACGGACCAGCCACUGCUAAGCUCGGACUGGUGGAUGUUCCAUUAGGCCGAAUAGGUGAACAUGUUGGCGACUGGGAGCAUGUGACUCUGAGGAUCAGUAACUUUACCGGAGUUUUGGACCGUGUUUUCUUCUCCCAACACAGUGGUGGAACAUGGAUUGAUUCAUCUGAGCUUGAAUACGACACUGGUACUAACAAGCCUGUGGCGUAUUCCUCGUUGAAUGGCCAUGCAUUAUAUCAUAAACCAGGCUUAGUGUUGCAAGGAACUGAGUUGGUUGGCAUAAGAAACGACACUGCAAAAAGUGAUAAGAUUAUGGAUGUAGGAGAAAAGUAUUCAGUAGUUUCGGAUGAUAUACUGCAUGAAGUUGUCGAACCAGCAUGGUUGAACUAUGACAGAAAAUGGGGACCGAAGAUCACGUAUGAACUCGGGAAAGAGAUCGAAAAAAUGGAAGAACAGUUGCCAGGUGAGCUCAGAACUUUGUUUGAGAGCUUAGUGAAUCUGAUACCAAAUGAAGUGUUGGAGGAAGAAGGUCCAACUGGCCCCAAGAUGAAAAAUAACUGGAAUGGGGAUGAAGUUUGAACUGCAGACAAAUGAUUGUCAACACAGAUAGAAUUGUAAUACAGGUAGAAACAAGGAUUUAUUUCUUAAAAAUAUUUUCACAUUUAUAUAAUAGUAUUUAAAAUUAU